AUGGGUUUUCGUGACGCCUCUUGUCCUGUUCAUGCCUGCUUGCUUCGGAAAUCUCUAUAUGGCCUCAAGAAAGCUCCUUGGGCUUGCUCUGAGUUUGCUAUGAAAGACUUGGGUACCCUCAUUUAUUUUAUUGGUAUUGGUGUGACUCAUCAUCCUAUAGGCUUUUUUCGUUCUCAAAAGAAGUAUGCUAUUGAGAUACUUGACCGUGUUGGUAUAUCCUCCUAUAAGCCUGUUCGUACACCAGUUGUUACUACUAGCAAACUUAGCGUAGAAUCAGGGGCUCCAUAUGGUAAUCCAACUCUGUAUCGAUGCUUAGUUGAUGCCCUUCAGUACUUGAUAUUUACUCGACCUGACAUAUUUUAUGCAGUCCAACAGAUUUGUCUAUUUAUUCAUGCUCUUUGGUUUGAACGCAUGAUGCGAACUCGGCUGGUUUUCUUGACACCCUUCUCUCUACCUCGGUUUAUUGUAAUUUUCUUGGUAGCAAUCUUAUUUCUUGGUCCUUCAAACGUCAACUCACAUAGUCAAAUUCUAGUGUUGAAGCUGAUGAGCAUCGUAGUAUUGCUAACAUUGUAUCAGAGACUUGAUGGCUGCAUAACUUAUUAA